AUGCUUAUCGAUUGCGAUAUUUGGGACAUUUUUAAGCCGGGCCCAAACUGGGAGUCACUCCCGCUCGUCCUGGUAUCAGAGGUGUUGCGGUACUUGCCAACCUUGAACGACCUGCGGGCAGUUGUGACGGCUUCGCCAAAUGCGAAAGCCGCCUACGACGACGACAAGCGACGGGUUCUGUUAGACAUCAUGACUCGGCAGUUUGGGACAGAAGUGAUGCUAAGUAUGUACUUCCACGCCAAAGCUGCGCAGUUUCGGGCUUCAUCCAGGGAUGUGGGAGGUGACAACGGUGUCGCGGAAGCCUUUCUGACCCUUGCAGGAUACGGAGUCAGAAACAAGAAAACGGUCCUCAGGUCAUGCACCCUGGAAGAUGUGAUCCGCAUGCAGCAAAGUUAUAUCCACGUCGUUCGCCUAGCAGCCACGAGGAUAUUCGCGGGAUUUCUCCGGGAAUUGCCGCUAGACCAUCGCCCGACUGUCAUUGAAGAGCGCAGGAUUCUCUGCGCUCUCUAUCGAUUGGACAUUUGGGCGAUGAUGUUUAGCGAAGAUUACGAGGAUUCCCGAGACGAUCCGCGCACAAGGCGGAUGCGUCCGGCAAGGAUCCUCCACCUCUUUUUUGGGUUAUUUCAUCCAUGGGAGGCGGAGUCGGUGGCCUGUGUCCACGAAUACCUUGCUAGUUAUUACAACAAGGUAUUCUGGAGAAUAAAACUGGCGCCGCUUCUUGCUGAAUGUGAAGAUAAUGAAGGGGUUAUCGUCCGCUGGGCGUCCACAGAUUGUGAGUACACGGAAUCGCGCAGGUGGUAUCCCUCAGAAGAUUACAUUGCGUGCAAUCUUUGGAAACAGAAGAUGAUACGCAUGGGCCUGCGGAGAUUCACGGCUCUGUUGAGCGGCGACCUCAAGCCGCUUAACGUCCUCGAUUUUGCCGACGCCGGUGCGCCCCUCGACGAGACUUUCGGAAAGCAAACGUUCCGGAAAAUACGCUUCCCCGAUAUCCGAGACCGAUGGGAAAAGACCGAACAGGCCAUGGAGUUUAAGGGGGAUGCCGAGGACCUGCCGCCGUUGGGCUGGGUGGCUCUCUGGGACCAGCGGUGGUCGAUGUCAUGGGGUCCUGCGACCCCUGACUUCGUCCGGGCGAAAGGAUAUACCUUUUGGGAUGCGACCACCCUCGUCGAUUCCGGAUUACUCCCGUAUUUGCAAAACAUGCGGGUGUUCAGAAUCCCAGACGUGGAGCAAACAUGGUAG